CAGUCAACAACAAGAAUUUUGAGGUCAAUCGCUAAUUCGCAAUCCUCGCGGUUGAAUUACCAAGGAUGCUGGGGCACGCAGGAAAACUAUGUUUUUUUCGUAGCGUAGCCAAAAUAUCAUUCGAUGGUCGCUGCAACAUAACCCCAAAACGAAUGAGCACUGUAAUGCGACAUUUCUCUGCCAAUCCAAGUAGCAACCAAGAUGAAGUCAUUUUAGAGACAGAAGGCAACAAAUGUCUCAUCACCCUCAACAGGCCCAAAGCACUAAAUGCUCUCAACUUGAAUAUGAUCCGAAAAAUUACUCCUGCUCUGAAACAGUGGGAGAACGAAGAAAAGGUCUUGAUUAUUAUUCAUGGCACAGGUGGAAAAGCCUUCUGUGCUGGUGGGGAUGUUCGAAGCAUUAUUGAAACAAGAAACCAACCUACAAGCACACUGUCAAGUGAUUUCUUUCGGGAAGAAUAUCAGCUGAAUUACCUGAUUUCAACAUUGCAGACACCAUACAUAGCUUUAAUUGAUGGAAUAACCAUGGGUGGAGGUGUUGGUUUGUCUGUACAUGGAUAUUACAGAGUCUCGUCUGACAAAACACUUUUUGCAAUGCCAGAAACAGCAAUUGGAUUUGUUCCUGAGGUUGGUGGUACAUAUUUUCUUCCUAGACUUACUGGCAAACUUGGUUUAUUUCUUGCAUUGACAGGUUAUCGUUUGAAAGGUGCCGAUGUUUAUCACGCCGGCAUUUCCACUCAUGCUGUAAAUAGCCAAGAAGUAGAAGACAUCAAAGACGAACUUUUAUCUCUGAAGAUGAAUUCUCAGAAUUCGGAGAUUGAAGGCUGCCUGGCUAAAUUCACGAAGGCUGCCACUUUCCUUGAGAAGCCCUUCUCACUUGAACCUCAUAUGCCAUUAAUUAACGAUUGUUUUUCUGCCGCCUCUGUUGAAGAAAUCGUUGCUCAGCUGAAAGCCUCCAACGAUCCAUUUGCCCAGGAGACAUUGACUACUAUCCGGAAGAUGUCCCCCUUUGCCCUUAAAAUUACAAAGCGAGCCCUUGACGAGGGUUCCGAACAAACUCUGGCAGAAUGCCUACAAAUGGAAUAUCGCCUGUCUCAGCGCUUUGUAGCCGACCACGACUUCCCUGAAGGAGUCCGAGCCCUUUUAAUCGAUAAAGAUCAGAAACCUCAGUGGAAGCCAUCCUCUCUCGAGGAGUGCACCCCAGAAAAGAUUCAAUCAUACUUUGAACCGGUUAAGGACGAACUUCAACUGUAAAUAUUCUACUAUACAUAGUUAACAAGGACGAAAGCAAUUUAUUUCGGCGUUUCAAUUUGUAUUGAAUUAGUUACGCCGUCAUGGUUAAUUAAAACAACUGUCACACAAGA